AUGGAUGAUUUAGCAACUCUGCACUUGAAACUGAAAUCAGUGCCACAACCUCUUACACAAACAGAAAUGGAGACACUGGAUAAAAUUAUAUGUGCUCUUAAAAGCAAAGAUACUAAAAAUUCAGACAGUAUUCGUCCAUUAGAUAAACCAGAGUUCAAAUGGAUAGAAAAAGCCGAAAAUUUCAAGUUCAACCAAGAAAGUCCAGAAACAAUUUCAUCAACAGAAUACGAAACUUCGAAUACAAUUGUUGUAGAUAAAAGCUCUUUAGAUGGAGUUAAUUCUAUUACCACGGCUAUCCAAAUGGCUAAGGAUAAUACAACAAUCAUCGUAGAAAAAGGUAUUUAUUCCGAUAAUAUUAUCUCUGACAAGACAAUUCAUAUAAUUGGUCGUGAAGGAGCGAAAUUACUAAAUCAGCACAUAGAAGUUAAGAGUGGUUUAUUAACAAUUAAAGGUUUCUCCAUUAAAUCAGAUUUAGAUAUCGUUUCUAUCAUAGAUGGUACAUUUGCAAUGAAAGAUUGCACCUUGGAGUCAUCAUCUAUGAAAGCAUGCAUCAAUGUCGGACCGAAUACAUCUCUCGAAAUUCAAAAUUGCUCUAUCGUAACUACAAAAGCUAUUGAUGCCGCUCCUGGUACGAUUGUUACAAUUAUCUCCUCAUCUAUAGUAGGAAAUAACCACUUUUUCAAGUCAGAUGUCAGGUUUAUUCACUCAAAAUUUUCUCAUCCCUCCGGUAUUUGCUUUGAAGCCUCAUCAACCAGCGCAAAAGUCGAUAGAUGCCUUAUACAAGAUUGCCGUGAUAUCGCUUUCUCAUUACGUGAACACAGCUCGAUCAGUUUAGAAACAACCGAAUUUUCGAACAUAAAAGGCGCAGGUAUUCUUUUACAUAGCCAGUCGCAGAUGAUCUGUAAGAACAUAAGAAUAUUCAAUUGCGCCAAAGCUGGUUUAAUUAUUUCUCGUGGAGCCUCAGGCGAAGUUACAGGUUCCGUAAUUUGCAAUUGCAGGUUAUCAGGAUGCGAAGUUCUUUACAGCGCCCAGUUAACUCUUAACGAAUCUUGGAUAUCUGAUGUCAAAGGCUCAUGUAUCUUCUGUGAAGACCGCUCGAUGAUUUCUACGACAAGAUCGGUAAUCUCAUCUGCAGGAGGCCACGGAGUUGAAGCAGGAAAUGGCUGCGUUCUCAGAUUAAAAGAUACUUUAUGCAGCAACUGCAAUGGAACAGGAAUCCUUGCAAGCUCAUCAAACCUGACGGCCCAGAUGUGCGAGUUCAGCGGCCACAAGGAAGCUUGUAUCUUCGGAGAAGACGCAAUUAUCGAAUUAACAAACUGUGCAGUUUGCAAAGGUAAGAGCGAUGGCAUAUUUACUGAACCAGGAAGUACUAUCAGUAUUAACGCUUGCUACUUCUCAGGAUGCAUGGGAAAUCACAUUUUCUCUCGUCAACCAAAAGAUACGAAGAUUGUCGAAUCAACCUUCUUAGAAUCAAUAUAUACAGUUGCUGGAGAGCCUAAAUCAUUCGAAGAAAUCAAGUUUGAUAAAACUCGUCAAAUCCAAUAUCUUAUUUUCGGCGGUUUGACUUUCGAUAGUGCAGAUAUGAUCAUUAUUGAUUCCUGCUAUAUUUGUAGGAACAUGAUCCGCAUGCUUGGCGUUAAAAAUGGCAUUAUUACUCAAUCUCAUAUUAUUUAUGCCAUUUCUAAGCAUCCGAAGGAGCCAACUCGUACUGUAGAAAUUUCUGAUGAGUCAUCUGUCACUAUAGAAAGCUCUUCCAUUGAUCAGACAAGUAUCACAACUAAUAAUGCCAAAUUAGCAAUUAGAAAAUGCACUAUAACUAACUCAGGCAACUUUGCAUUACAAGGAGCCAACAGUGCUAAACUUAUUAUAGAAAAUAACGAGUUUUCAGAUUGCAGAUCUAUUUCUACGAUCAAAGACAACACAAACAUUAUUUUCUCAUACAACAAUGUUAAGAAUGUCAAGAGAUCGAAGAAUGCUGCAAAAGCAGGUGAAACAUCAACACUUAGAAGUGCAAAUCUGCAGAGAACUAAGGCAAUUAACAUUAAAGAGUUCUCGUCUGGAACAAUUGAAGGAAACUUUUUCAGCGGUGAUUAUGACUAUGCAAUAUUUAUUGAUGGACAGUCUAAAGUCGACUGCCUGACAAACCAAGUCCAAACGGGUACUAAAGGUGGCAUUAUUUAUGCGGGAAUGAGUUAUGGAAGAUGCGAAGAAAAUGAGUUCUCUGGUAAGGUAACUCAGAUAGAAUUUAUCCACAAGUUUACUCCUGCUCAACCUAUCUAA